AACCCCUGUCCUCUCUCUCUCUCUCUCUCUCUCUCGCCACCCCCACUCCUCAACAGCUUGUUGCUGUGUGUUAGUCCUGGAGGCGGGAACAGCCGCAGAAAGGCGAAGAAGGGUGGAGCUUAGCUCGGGCAGGAGGCUCUCACACUCGGUUGUUUUCGCCCCCUUUUCAUGUAGCCUGAAACGUCACACAGCCAUGUAACUGUAAUACAAGAAGUGAAAGGGGCAGAGAGAACAGGCAAAGCUCAACUUCUAACCCUUAACAAAGGCAAAAAGGAUUUGUCAAGGCGCUACCAAAAAGAAAAGGAAAGAAAAGUGGAGGUGGGGAAAAGGCUACAGCCCGUGGUUAUCGGGCGAGGCUCAAUUUCUGGAGGAGGAGGAGGAGAAGCUCAAGGAGGUUAUAGCGCUGCCCUAUUGGAUUAUGUGGGGCUCCGGCUGGCGGAGGACACUGGCUCGGAAGGUCCUGCUUGCCAUUUGACUCAAAAACACCAAUGAAUGCUUAUAUCCCAAAAGUUUUCAAGCAGCUGAAGAAAACUCUGAAUAUGAGAAUGAAGAGAUAAAGAUUCAGUCAGCAGAAAUGCACAAUUGAAAAAAGCAACAAAAUUUUCCAGGUCUGGACAGAGUUUUGCCCUUUUGGCUGAUGCUGCUGUAGUGCAGAUGGAUUAUAGUGUGGACGCAAACAUGGAAUUACGAAGAGCCUCCAGUCCUCACAAGAUGAACAAGAAUGAUAUGAAUGCAAACAAGUCUGUGUUGCACAGCUGCUGCAUAUGUGGCAAAAGUUUUCCUUUCCAGAGCUCGCUAUCUCAGCACAUGAGGAAACACACAGGGGAGAAGCCAUACAAGUGUCCUUAUUGUGACCACAGAGCUUCCCAAAAGGGCAACUUAAAGAUACACAUACGGAGCCACAGAACAGGCACUAUUAGCCAGGGGAAUGAAGUGGAGAUGGUAGGAGAGUCACAGCUUAACGAGAUGAGAGUAUCAGAAGGCCUUGAUGGUUGCACUAGCCCUACCAAAAGUACCUCUGCCUGCAACAAAAUGUUGAAUGGAGCAACUCCCAAAGAAGGUGGCAAGAUCUUGCUCAGGAGUAGUAGGAAAGAGACCUCCGCAGAAGCAUCUGUUGGAGAAGAUGUUAAAUUAUGUACUUUCCCAUGUACAUUCUGCAAAAACAAGUUUGAAGGGAAGAAACAAUUGGAGCAGCACAUACAUCAGGUCCACAAACCUUUCAAGUGUAGACUGUGUAACUACAUGACAUUAAGAGAGGAGACACUGUUAAACCACAUAGAGAGAGACCACAUCACCACUCAGAUUCCAAAUGGGGAAAUGUACAAUGCCGAGAACUGCAAAACUGAAUCAAGUGCAGGGGAGUUUCCUUGUGAAGUCUGUGGGCAGGCCUUUAGUCAAACCUGGUUCCUCAAAGCUCACAUGAAAAAGCAUAGAGGGUCAUUUGACCAUGGAUGCCACAUCUGUGGCAGGAAAUUUAAAGAGCCCUGGUUCCUCAAAAAUCACAUGAAAUCCCAUGGCCCAAAAUCUGGGAGCAAAAACAAACCAAAAAAUGAUUUAGAACCUGUAGCCACUAUUAAUGAUGUCAUUCAAGAGGAGACCAUUGUGACUGGUUUGUCUCUAUAUGAAGUUUGUACCAAGUGUGGAAACCUGUUUACAAAUAUGGAAAGCCUAAAAGCACAUAAUUCUGUGCAUUGCAAGUCUCAAGGAGCCCGCAAUGAACACAGAGCUGAGAGGCUAGUUGAUGGAGACCCACCUAUAGCAAAGCAGUUUUUCCUCCAAUAUCUGAAACUGAGGCCGUCUGUAGGGAUAGAUGGUGUUCCAAGGGGCCAGUCAGGAAAAAGAGUAGCUGAGCUGGAUCCAGUCAAUAGUUAUCAAGCUUGGCAUCUGGCUACCAAAGGGAAAGUUGCAGAGCCUUCCGAGUAUGUGAAGUAUUUAGGAUGGGAUGAAGUUCUGGCAGAUGCUGAUGUCACUUAUGACAGGGACAAAAGGGAGUAUAUUCUUGUCAGUCAAGAGAAGCGCAAACAAGAGCAGGACUCUUCCACUUCUUGUUCCAGUAAUCCGAAGAAAAAGAGCUGUACUAGUGGCCGUUCAGAGAAAAGCAACAAUACACAGUCAGGGGACAACUGCAUCCUUGGCCAAGAUGACCUAGAGUAUAGGCCAUCCUCACGUCAGAGUAGAAGGGCAUCACAGAACAAGUCUACUGAGUGCUUUGAGUGUGGCAAGAUCUUCCGCACGUACCAUCAAAUGGUACUUCAUUCCCGGGUGCACAGGAAAGACCGCAGAAGCUGCAGUGAGGGUGUGACAGCAGUUCAGCAAGAUCGAUAUGGUUCAAAUAGUGAGGAUGGUGACUCUGGGUCUGUCAGUGGGCCAAGCACACCAAGUUCUGCUUUUGCCCCAGAAGAUUCAGUCACUUCUGGAGUGGGUGAGGAGGGGCCUGAGGAUAGUUCAGAGGAAGGAGUACAAGAGCCAUCACCAUGUAAAAAGCCAUCUCUCUGCUGUUUUUCUGAAGAAGAUGCACCUACGACAGCCCUACAGUUCAACCACGGAAGAAACAUUGCAAGAGAAGAUAAUGCCAGUGAAUCUAAGCCAGAGGUGCCACCUGUUGCCUGUGCACCAGAAAUCAAGAUCAAAGAACCCUUUACAAAAUAUGUGGACUGCAAAAUUUCCCCAGAUUCAAAGAGGUCGACAUUUCAGCAAAGCCACAAUUUUCCUUGCUCCAGUAGGACUGUUGAGUUUGCUUCUAAUAUCAGCCAAACGUGUUCAGGUGUGAAACUGGAUUUGCAAACUCCGCUGGACAAGCACUCUAAGGAGAAGGCCCCCGAUAUGCAUGAGCACUCUAUGUUCACAAAAGAUACAGAUGUACUGGAGAAUACUCCGUUAGAUUUAAGUGAGAAGUCAACUAGGGCUGAUUCAUGUAAUACAAGUUUUACCUCAACUUUGCAGGCUGCUUUGAUUGUCCACUCAUGUCCUUACUGCAGCCAUAAGACCUAUUACCCAGAAGUCCUGUGGAUGCACAAAAGAAUUUGGCACAAGGUCAGUUGUAACUCUGUGGCUCCCCCUUGGGUUCUUCAAAAUGGUUUCAAGAGUAUAAAACACAACUUGGUUUUCAUGACAAGAAGUGGGCGCACUGGGCCCCCUCCUGUUUUUGGUGGUAAAGAAUGCCAGCCUUUGCCUGUCACCAGAUUUACACGUACUCAGGUGCCAAGUGGGUUGUCAGAAUCUAAAAACAAUUCUUCUGGUCUUGCUGUAACUGCUAAGUCUGGGGCUAUGCCAAAGGAUGUACUUUCCACUGGUAACUAUGGCCCACGAUCAUCAGGCACUGAUGGGUACAGGCAGCCCAAACUGAACCACAACCAUGAACAAUAUAGCACAGUAGCCCAGCAGCCCCAGUUCAAAGCAAAAUAUGAAGUGAACUCCAAACAAAUGCAAACAGGAAGUUUUAGCAGAAGUUCAACACCUUCCCAGAUGAUUGUAUCUAAACCCAGCUCACAGUGCUCCAACAGCAAACUAGCAGAGAAGUACACAGUUCCCCAGCUCAGUGCUGGGUUUGUCACUGUAAGCAAGCAUUGCACUUCAGAACCAGGAAAGGCCAAUUUUUUUUCUCCACCUCAGUACCACCUCCCAUGUAAAACUGAGCCAUACUUCACUCAAGAAGAUACAUCGGUGCCUCAGCAAGAACCUAAUACCAAGAGAGAAAAUGAGAUGAGGGCAUUGGCAAAUUGUACGUCAGGAUCCAGAACAAGUCCUCUGACACAUCCACAGUCUAAUGUAGCAGGGCCUCUUCCAACUUUACAUUCCACCAAACAGGAGCCACCUGCUGAGGGGCACGAGAAGUGCUUGGACAUUUUAAACAUCUUUAAGACCUCCAUUCCAAAGGAUCUUGCUACUCUCUACCAAACAUGGGGUGCCAAUAGCCCUGUAGUGGACCAUGCUGGGAUGCUUAGGACACAAGCACGCCAAGGAGACUAUCUCUGCAUAGAGUGUGGGAAGGGUUUCACCCAACCUAGCCACCUCAGGACCCACAUGAGGUCUCACACAGGUGAGAGACCAUUCCAGUGUAGAUAUUGUCCAUACAGUGCCUCUCAGAAAGGGAACCUAAAGACGCAUGUCCAGUGUGUACAUCGGGUACCUUUUGACAACAGCCAGUACUUUGACCGACGGUUCCAACAGCCUCCAAAUAAUUACUCUAACAACCCUAUGGAAGAACAGCUGGAAAACCUCCUUGCAAAGCAUUCUAUCCUAGGAGCAACUGUCUUAUAGUGAAAUCCAUGCGCUGUGCUUUGCUUGAAAGUGAUGCCUCUGAACUGCUAAUCAUUUUAAAAUAAAUGAAGAAGCUACACAAGAUAUAUACAAAUUGACGUACUAAUCAGUCCCCACGGUUCCUUAUUUCCUUUAUAAUAAACAGUGGAGUUGGCAAGCUUUGUGAUGGCGCAAGGUGUCGAUAUUAAUCAAGACAGCUUUUUUAGACACUGGAAAAAUUAGACUUUAUAUGAUUUGGAGGGCAACACUGCGACAAAAUCCUCCCUCGUGAUUGCUUGAUUCUUUUAAAACACACACACACAAACACACAGGGGUGAAUUUGGGAAUGUGGGAAGAAGUGAUUAAUGAAACUGCCAUUGGCUGUCAUGCUGGAAAAAAAUAAGGGUUUCCCCCCCCCAAAAAAAGGAAUAAAGCAAAAUGGAGGAGUCAUUCAGUGCUGUGAAAGCCAGGCUUGAUGAAGGACUGAAGGGACUAAAGAGAGAGACCAUCAUUCUGCAGUAAGGUUGUUUCACGAUAGUUUGGGGACCACUUGUGUUUCCAGUGGGCUUAUCCUUGACCACAUACCAUUAAUAGUAUGUGAAUAUGGAAAUUGAAACACUUCUUUAAAAAUACUUCUCACUUUGGAAAGAAAAGAAAAUGGCUAGUCAAACACUAAAAAGAAGAAAACAGGCUUCUGUGUUUUUUACUCUCAGGGCCUUUCUAUUUGUUUAUUCUGCUUUUUCUUUCUUUAACAGUGCUACUUUCUGUGACCUGAUCACAAAGGAAAUCUGCAUGCUUUUAAAAAGAAAAUUAAAAAGAAAAAUUUGUUUUGAUUCAGCUGAUUAAAGCUGCUGAUUUUAAUAGAAAAGAAAAACAGUUCAAGCAGGCCUAGGCCCUUAGGAUACUGUAUGUGCCUGUAUUUUUGUGCAGCAAGCCAGUUUAUCUUUUCUGGGCCCUGGUGACAUUUUGAAGAAAAAAAAGAUGAAUAACUUCUUUUGUGGUGACAGGUCAGUGUUCAUCUAAUGUGUCAUGUCUUGUACUUGGUAAUCACUGGGGUAAGGGGGAGAGAAAGGAAGCUUUAUAUACCUCUUCUACAGUAACUCUUAAAUGCAAGUUUCAAGAUAGGGGUUAGGGGUGGCAGGUUGUUUAACCAUUCAGUGUCUGCAGUUUAUUAAAAAAAUGUAUUCUACAGGUAUAAAUAUUUUCUUUUCCUUUAUUGCUGUGACACUGUGUGUGAUGGUAAUAAUUCAGAGUUUCAGAUUUUGCACAUAUAAUUGUAUGCAUCAUCAUCAUGAAAAUGCUGCCUUGAAAAAAUAUUCUGUGAAAAACUUUUUGCAAAAAAAAAAAAGCUUUACUAGUUUUUUUAAAUUGUAACAUUUUUGUAAAGGCAGAAAAUGGAUUUUUUAAAAAAACUAGCAUGCUAAAUAUAUUUUUCAAAAAAAGCAAUAAUUUUACAUGUACAGAAAUGGCGCUAACCUUUUAAUACUGAUCGAGAGCAACCGUUUACUUUCUACAAAUAAUGGGAUAGUGCUGUUUUUGUAGUAAAUGAGCUUCUUACACAAAGAAUUUUAAAUAUGUAAUUUUUCUGUUCUAAUUUUGUUUUUGUCUAUAUUUGAUUUGGGGUUCUACUUAAUUGCAUAUUACUUGACUACUGUUGCUUUACAGUUGUUCAGAAUAAUGGCAUUGAAACAUUUGUAUGUAAGUUGCUGGUUUGGGAUUUUAUUUUUAUUUUAUUCCUCAUACUCAUACACCAACUGUAUGCCUGCUGUAAACCUCGUAUAGCUAAGAAUAUUUGUACAAAUGCCUAUAUAAGUGAUUGUAAUCAGCUCUCUUGAAGUUAUCCUGCAGAAAUUUGUAUAGACACAUUCCACACUCCUCCCCCUUCCUGCACCCUAUUCCAUCCUCAUCUUCCUCCCAAAUCAGCUUGUUUUCUGUCUUGAUUAACACUUGAUCAAUUUGGGAUUCACACUCAAGUGCUACUUUUUCCUUUACUGAGCACUUAUUUUCCUUGUUUGAAGUAAACAGGUGAGGAUUCAGGAAUGCACAAAGGUAGCUGCUUUGCCUAUUUGUGUGUUUGUAGUUAUUAAAAACCCUCCUGUCCCCCAAAAGUUAUAUGAGUGUCAUGUACCGCUGUAAUUAUUUAUGUUGGUUGAUUGUGCUUGUUGUUGGUUUGGUUUUGUUUGGGGUUUUUUAAGUGUCUGGGGAGUGAUGGGUUGGUUUUUGUUUUUGGAAGCUGAUAUGGAAGGACCUUAGUUAAUAUUAAGACUUUAAAACCUUUUCCUGGAGACUGUCUACUUCAGGACUGUUUGAGACAGAGAAAGUGCUGUCACUGCCAUUACCAGGGUACUAAUCAGCAAAGUUUACAAUCAUAAUUUAGCUAUAUGAAGAACAACAGCAGGGGAAAUCAGUUUAAAUAAUUAUAUGCUGUGUAUAGCACAGAAAUGAGAUUUUCACUUAAUUAAACAAGAAAUAGGGAGGGAGAGGGGGAGCCAUCAUUAAAGACCAGCCAUUUUCAUAUGUGAAUCCCAAGCACUGUAAUUUCCUCCUUUUUCAUCCAUAUUGUAUCGAUCUGUUAAUUCAGUUAGACCCUAGUGCUUAGUAUGAUUUGUGUUCUUAUUUAUUUAGUUCUUUGGGUUUGAAAUAGCUUUUCUUUAAAGGAAACUUGAUAAUUUUGUAGCAUGACACACUUUGUAAGCCAUCUUCUGACUGUUACAGAGACUUUUCUACUACCUCUAUCAAUCUGUUUCUUUUCCUUAACAGGUUUUCUACAGUGUUGCAGUCUAAUGUACCUUAGACAAUAAAGGGUUCGAUUAUGAGUACUGCA